AUGAAAUUUCCAAUCGAGACUCCAAGAAAACAGGUGAACUGGGAUCCUCAAGUGGCUGUUCCCUCACCAGUGUCAGCUUGUGAACCUGAGCCCAAAACCAACGGGCAUUAUCCAGCUCCGCGACUCUCUAUUUCCUCCCGAGCAACUGUCGUCGCCACCAUGGAAGCCCCUUCUCAGGGCCUGCAGACAGUCAUGAAAUGGAAAACAGUGGUGGCCAUUUUCGUUGUGGUUGUAGUUUACCUGGUGACUGGAGGACUUGUCUUCCGUGCCCUGGAACAGCCUUUCGAAAGCAGGCAGAAGAAUACAAUAGCAUUAGAGAAGGCUGACUUUCUGCGGGAACACGUUUGUGUAACCCAGCUAGAACUGGAGACACUGAUUCAGCAUGCUAUUGAUGCUGAUAAUGCUGGAGUCAGCCCCAUAGGAAAUUCCUCUAACAACAGCAGUCAUUGGGACCUUGGAAGUGCCUUUUUCUUUGCUGGAACAGUCAUCACAACAAUAGGAUAUGGGAACAUCGCCCCAAGCACUGUUGGAGGCAAAGUUUUCUGCAUCUUGUAUGCCAUCUUUGGGAUCCCACUCUUUGGCUUCUUGCUGGCUGGCAUUGGAGACCAACUUGGAACCAUAUUUGGGAAGGGUAUUGCAAGAGUGGAGAAAGUUUUCAGAAAAAAGCAAGUGAGUCAAACAAAGAUCCGGGUGAUCUCUACCAUCCUCUUCAUCCUGGCAGGCUGCAUUGUCUUUGUGACCAUUCCCGCAGUUAUCUUCAAACACAUCGAGGGAUGGACAGCCCUGGAGUCCAUCUACUUUGUGGUUGUCACUCUGACUACUGUUGGCUUUGGUGAUUUUGUAGCAGGAGGAAAUGCUGACAUCCAUUAUCGGGAGUGGUAUAAACCCUUAGUGUGGUUCUGGAUCCUUGUUGGUCUUGCCUAUUUUGCUGCUGUUCUGAGUAUGAUUGGAGAUUGGUUAAGAGUCCUGUCCAAGAAGACAAAAGAAGAGGUUGGAGAAAUAAAAGCCCACGCAGCUGAGUGGAAAGCGAACGUGACGGCUGAGUUCAGAGAGACACGCAGGCGGCUCAGUGUGGAGAUCCACGACAAACUUCAGAGGGCAGCUACCAUCCGCAGCAUGGAGCGUAGGCGCCUAGGCCUGGACCAGAGGGCCCACUCCUUAGACAUGCUCUCUCCAGAGAAGCGCUCUGUCUUUACUGCCUUGGAAACAGGACGCUUCAAGGCCUCGUCUCAGGAAAGCAUCAACAACAGGCCUAACAACCUGCGCCUUAAAGGGUCAGAUCAACUCAACAAGCAUGGACAGGGGGCAUCUGAGGACAACAUCAUCAAUAAAUUUGGAUCAUCUGCUAAGAUGACCAAAAGGAAAAACAAAGACCUCAAAAAGACCAUCCCUGAAGAUGUGCGUAAAAUUUAUGAGACCUUCCGAAACUACUCUUUGGAUGAAGAAAAAAAGGAAGAAGAGACAGAGAAGAUGUGUAAUUCUGAGAAUUCUUCCAGCACUGCAGUCCUAACCAACUGCAUCCAGCAGCACUCAGAUCUGGAGAAUGGAAUGAUCCCCACAGAAACCAAAGAAAGGGAACAUGAAAACAAAGCAUUACUUGAAGACAGAAAUUAA